AAUACGGCCGGUGGCCGCUCUCAUUUUUCUCUCUGAUUAUAACCAGGAGAAAUGGAUUAUAAAGUACGUUGUCGUCAGACGAUUAUUGCGGAAACGAGUGACUUUAAAGACAAUUAUGCUCAUGAUAUUCAGAUGUAUGAUGUGCCACCAAUGGGUGAAAUGUCAUUGGAGGAUUUUCAAGAGUUGGGAUUUGACAGAUUGAAAGUACUACGUCUGAUAGAGACAACAAAUUGCAGAGGCGACUUGAAAACAUUGGAGGAUCGCAAAAAAGCUCUAUAUGAUUCUUUGAAAAGUGAUGGGCUGAAGUACUAUGCGAAUCUUUUGUUUGCUGAUGGAUCCAACUCACAAUCCGAAGAACACUCACUGAGCAGAAUGAAGGAUCAUAUAUCUCAUUUUAUUUUGAGACUUGUAUAUUGCCAUGAUCCAGAACAAAGUAAAUGGUUUAUGAAUCAAGAAGUUGAAUUCUUCAAGUUAAGAUUUAGCUCGUUGGAUAAGAAGGGUGUUGAACACUUGUUAAGCAUCAACAACUUGGAUUGUAUACCAAUCUCGCUAGAUGAAAAACUAGAUUUGGUGGAAGAGCUUACUUCUUCAUCAGGAAAGGUUACAAAUAUUGAUAUCAUUGAUAUUUAUAAAGUGAAUUUUGAAAAAGUCAUUGAUUUAGUCAGAGGACGUAAAAUAUAUCUCAAAGCAGGAAUGGCUUAUAUCACCCAUAUGGACAUAAUCUCUGUAUUUGUUUCAUAUUUUAGAGAAAUUCUAGUUGCAGGACUAGAGAGCGCAAAGAGCAUGUAUUAUAACAUAUCUGAUGAUGAACGACUAACCAGAUACCUGACAGGUCUUCCUUCAGCCUUCUCAGGGAUGGCACGUGUCGUAUGGUCGACCACAGCAACACCUAUUGAUAAACUAAAUGAUUUGUCGAAAUCGUCUUAUCCUUUGUGCAUGAGAACACUUCACGAGGCACUUUGCAAUAAUAGUCAUCUAAAAAAUUCAGGACGCAUGCAGUAUGGCUUAUUCCUAAAAGGCAUAGGUGUGACCUUGGAAGAUGCUCUGCGUUUCUGGAGUCACGCAUUCGCCAAGAAGAUCGAUGGAGUCGCGUUUGAGAAGAAAUAUGCGUACUCUAUCAGGCAUUAUUUUGGUAAAGAGGGAAGACAAACGAAUUAUACGCCGUAUGGCUGUCAGAAAAUCAUAUCCAGUGCAGUCGGACCUGGAGAAUAUCAUGGGUGUCCUUUUAGACACAUGGAUCGCGACUCGCUGUGCCAAAAGUUAACUAGUUAUGGCAUAUUCGCCACUAAUACAACGGAGAUAUUGGACUUGGCCAAAGAUGGACAAUAUCAUUUAGCGUGCGCGAAGUACUUUGAAGUUGUGCAUAACAAACCAGCCAGCAAGCCUCUUCUGCAUCCAAAUGCAUACUUUGCUGAAAGUCGCGUAAUUUUAACCGAAGACGAUGAUGCUAACAAAGACAUAGAUAAAGAUAGAUUCCCUCAAGGUACAACUGGAACUCCCAGUAAUGGAUCUUCAAGAAGGAACGACAGGUAUUCGACACCUUCUAGAAACACAGACUUCACCGGCACACCAAAGAGAAACGACAGAUACUCCACGCCGUCGAGAAAUGCAGACGGUACAAACACACCUCUGAGAAAAGUUCAAAGAACGAAUUACCAGACACCUUCGCGAGACAUCAAAAUGACUCCGGUGAAUAUCGCGGAGCUGCUGAACGACGACGAUCUCGCGGAGUUCAUGAACACGGAGUGAAUAACAGUCAAUGGAUGACUACCUUUAUACCGUCAUGUAAUAAGAAUUUAUUUAUAUUCCGCAGAUUUGAUCCACAUGAAAGUUCAGCGUUUAAAAUUAAGUCAAAUAAUGUGAAAUAAAUAUUG